AUGUCAUUCCUGGGAAGAAAAGCAUUGAUAACAGGAGCUUCAAAAGGGUUAGGAAAAGCUAUAGCGAACCGACUAGCAUCAGAAGGAUGUUCUCUUAAAUUGUUAUCAAGGAAUGAAGACUUACUACGCCAUGAAAUCAAUCAACUUCCGAUAAUCAAUCCAUCACAAACUCAUGAAUAUAUCAGUUUUGAUUUAAAUCAAUUGGCUUCAUCACACAGUAAUGCAAGAGAAUCUGGCAUUUCUGAACUCCUUAAUGAUGUAUCCAUACUUAUUAAUUGUGCCGGUGUCACAAAUCACUCAUUAUUGUAUAGAAUGGACGAGAGUGAAAUACUAUCAACCAUCAACAUAAACUUAUUAGCACCAGUAUUGUUAAGUAGAUUAGCAUACAAACCAAUGAUUAGGAGUCAUUCAAAGACUGAGAACAUUCCCCAAAUAUUGAAUGUAUCAUCAGUACUUUCACUCACUAACACUUAUGUACCAGGUACUUCAGUUUAUGCAGCAAGUAAAGCUGGACUCUUAGGAUUUACCACUGCCUUAGCAGCUGAACUCAAGGGGAAAGUACGGGUUAACGCGUUAUUACCAGGAUUAAUACAAGAAACUGAUAUGGGAACAAGUGCUAAUAUCAAUGAUGAGGUUGGGUCUGUUACUUUGGAUUCGGUCGUUUCAAAAGCAGUUGGGAUAUUAUCAGAUGAAAGUAUAAAUGGUCAAUGUAUAAUUUGUGAUAAUAAUCCUACAAGUAAAAUAGGUCUACCAUAA